UUAUUCAUGAGUGCCAUGCUGCUUAUGAUCCAUAUUUGCUAACGGAGGUGCAGCGGUGGCCUCGGCCGGACGGGCGCACGGACCCACGGACCCAACCGGUGCCGGGCUCUACCCGGAACCACUCUGCAGACAGGAAACUACCAUUUUAACGCUGGGAGCAUCUGUGGAGCCGUCGUCUGCAGGGGGGGACUCCAAACACUGAGACGGGGCGGAAAACGGGCAGCCGAGGAGAAAAGAGGCAAAACACGACGCAAACCGCACAAAGGCGCGCAGUGGCCGCAGCGCAGCGCAGCGCGGAGCCGCCGGAGCCGCGGACCGGCCGCACACAAUGGACAUUUGUGGGCCGGGCCAGCGGAAAUAGUUUUUGUUGUGGAGAGAAAAGCAGCCCUCCCCGGGCCGAUGGAGAGCCAGGCCUCUCGCGGCGUUUUUCCAGGGAUGAAGAAAAAGGCCCCGCCGCCAGGCAGCGCAGACCCCGCUCCCACGCCGCGCUUCCGCCCCGACGCAUCCACGCUUUUACCCGCGUGUGUUUGAGCUCGUCCCGCAUCUGAACGCGGGAAGGUUGUUCCGACCUGAACGGACUGCGUCCCCGCCGCUGCGGUCCAGCAGGAGGCUCAAGAACCGUGGCCGAGCCGGUGAGAUGCAGACUGACGCCGCGUUACUGCAGUAACAUCAACCCGAGGCUUCCUGUGUUUCUGCAUAAAGGGACGGAUGGAUGAUAACACGCUGGUUCAACCUCCACUAACGACGGACACGGUCAACUUCAUGGGACUGCUGACCUGAUUUAAAAAGCAGCAUAUGGUUAUGGAACACUCUGAAGCAACACUACAGACUGCUUCCUAGGACCAUUUAGUUGCCUGUUUAUGACCAUUUUAUAUCAACCCACAGAAGCACUUGAAGGCUUCACCUUGAGACAGUGAAAGAAGUAGUUAUACGUUCGUGAGAAAAUCAAGCAUCGGCUUCUGGUGGAUUACAGCCACUCGUUGGAUGUUUGUGUACAUGAUGCUAGUGGACUGCAGCUGAAAACCAGAGCUUUAUAGAUUCACAGAGGCUCGGUGCUUGUUUUCAGUAACUACCAACUAAGUAGCAAAGAGUAGUGGUGGCUCCAUUACACUGUACCACAGCUGCAUUGAGGAAAUGUUCCAAUUCAGCAAAUACCCCAUGGACAUUUUAGAGAUGCUAAGUGGACACCAAGCCCAUCAGUUCAAGCUGAGCCACCAACAGCAAGUCCAACUUCAGCAUCAGCAGCAGCUCCAGCAGCAGCACCAGCCCUCCGCUGACACCUCUGGGAGCCUCCUGUCCGGCCUGGGCCUCGGGUCCCUCCAGAGCACUCGGAGUAACGCCUUCGCAGACUCCUCCUCCCUAUUUGCCAAAAUGAGCGCCCCGCCCCCGUCCAUCUCCCACCAGAGCCAGUCCUCCUCUUCGUCCUCUCACAGCUCCAGGAAGUCGGGUAAGAUGAGCAGCAGCAGUAGCAGCAGCGGGAGCGGCAGCGCCUCGUCGGGGUACCCCCAGUUUCUGCGGCCUUUCCACCCGGCCGAGGCUGCGCUGGCUCAGGAGCAGCUCCACUCUGGGAUGGGACGCUUCGAUUUUGGAGGUAGCAGCAGCGGCGGAGGUGCGGGGGUCAUCGGAGGAGUCGUCACGCCCGCUCCUCCUCCUCCCCCGCUGCAUCCAGGUCUCUCUGUUCCACAGCCCUCCCCUGGUCCCGCAUCGUCCUCACCCUCUCCCUCCUCUGCUUCAUCGUCCAACAACCCCUCUGGCACAACUGCCGUCCCCUUAGUCGGCCAGUCUGAUCCCCGCAGCCUCCACCAGCAGUUCAGCUGCAUGCUUGCUGCCAAUCAGUACUUCCUGUCUGGAGUCCCCCCCAAUAGCAGCCUGGAGCAGUUCCUCGUCCAACAAGGCACUCACAACCACCUGGGCUUGGGCCUCGGCCAGGGUGCUACGGAGUCCAGCUCGACCCUGGCGCCGCCCCCUGCCCUCCACUCCUCUCAUGGCCACAGUCACUCAGCGCCACAGCCUCAGCAGCAACAGCAGCAGCUGACUCCUCAUGCCUUAUCUCACCCCCAUAGCCACACUCACCACCCGCACCCCCUCCACCCGGCCCCACAACCUGCUCCACUGGGGGGUUUUGAUUUCCAAGGCAUUCCCGUCCUUUCCUCCAACCAGAUAGCGUCGCUCAUGCAGCAGGACGCCGGCCUUCCCCUGCCUCUGCCUCUCCACCUGUCCCUCUCAAAGGACGACACCGCAAAAUCAGGCGAGGGCUCAUCUACGUCCACAUCCAGUGGAGGAAGCAGGAGAAAGAAGGCAAUGGCGGGUUAUCUGCCCCAGAGGAAAGCCGACAGCACCAGCCACAGCCACAGCAGCAGCAGCAGCGUUAGCAACUGCCAUAACAGCAGCUCCAGUGGGCACAGUCAGAGCUCCUCAUCAGGCCUGGUGGGAGGAGGAUCUGGGGGCGUUGGGAUAAGUGGCAUCAGAAGCGAGCCACAGCACUCUUCUCUGCACUCGU